AUGCCGAACGAUGUUGACUUCAGUCAUGACCAUGAUGAUCCCGUGCUGUCCCGUACAGCGACGCCGGAUCUUCUCGAUCAAGCCACAUCUGAGUUGAGGACAGUUAUUCCAGAGCUUCAUCUGACAUAUCCUCGAUCCUACUUUCAGCCUUUCACACCGCCGGCGCCCCUCAAGGGCGAGGCUGAGGCGCUCCGGCUUCUUCGCCAUGCCCAUGCCCAUGCCCAUGCCCGUGACCUUGACUCGCCAGCGUCCUCGCCCACGGCUGCUGACGGGCUCGAAUUCGUCGAGAUGCAACUAGACGACUUUUCCGUCUACUGCGACACGAGAUACUACCCCUGCGAGUUGCGCCCGUUACACCAGCUGGACAUUAAGCGAGAACUAAACCAGUUUUACUUUGACGGCAUUCUGAGCUGCGCUUCAACAAGGGUAUUCGUCAGACGAGUGCCCAUCAGCACCGUCCCCAUCGGAAACUAUCACUGCUUGGACUCUCCCACCGUCAGAGACCACGUAUGGCUUCAGUCAGCAAUGUGUAAAGACACCGACACCUACUACAGGCUGGGAUGCCCCGCCAAGGAAUACCGUCGUUUUUUUGACCCAUUCAUCUGGAUCGCCGACUUGGCCAAGCAUUUUGUUGAUUUUCUCUUCUUCAUGGAGGCGAGGAACGCCAAAGUGUCCAUCAGUCAUUUCCGCCACACGUUCAAGAAAUGGCUCGUCUUGACCCAUGGCACAGCGCCGGCGUUUACGCAAUGGCUUAAAAAGCAUCCUUCGAAUGACUUCCGGACAUCUAUAAUUGCAAAUCUUGCUUUUCUUUGGAAAGAGUACACUGGAGUUCUGGGCCACGGUCGCGCAUGCUUUCACAGUAUAUGGGCCGAAGUUUGGAACAUGACCUUGUAUCCAAGUCGGCCAUGCCUUGCCGAAGCCGCGACCGUUACUACGCCGUACAUUUUCGGGCUCUUCUCUCACCUCCCCUUUGGAAGCAUGCUGCGGGAAUGUGUUUUCGCGUCCAAAUCUUCGGCGGUGAGAGACUCUGUCAUGUUGAGGAAUCACCUGGAGCCAGCUUCUGUGCCACAUGAUGCCGCCGCCGUCGUCGUCGCCGCCUCUUGUGAUGCCACAACGGUCGACGCGCAAGAAAUCAGAAAGAUCAAGGUGGGGGACACCAUUUCUACAAAACGAGACGAUGUGGAGUCGGGAACCGUGUGGGAGCGCGAAGUAUCCAGAACCUUUGCCGAUAUCGAUCGGUGGUUCGCCCUCGUGCAGAAAAUCAACCAAACCGUCUCUGGGUCCUUGGAGUUUGAGGUUUUAUGGUACUACCGAUCGAUCGACACCAUCUGUGGUUUAAUGAAGUAUCCGUGGGAGAAUGAGUUGUUUCUAUCCGAUCACUGCUCCUGUACCGAGAGGUACAAGAUUCAACAAGACCAAGUCUUGGCCAUACACACGGUCGAGUUUGGGGGAGACUCGAGCACCAAGUCGGAGUUUUUCUGCCGACAGGUGUACAUUAGCCAGGACAGGAAGUGGAUAUCGCUGCAAGACGGCCAUUUGCGCUGCCCCCAUACCAGCUGCCGGAUUUCGAAGCCAGAAUAUCAACUGGGAGACACGCUCCUCAUCCAGAUCAAGGCCGGCAACCCCGUAUCCGAGCCUUGCGAGCUAAUUGGAUCCUACGUUACCCCGUCCGGCAAGCCUCUGUUCCAGUUCAGAAGGCUGUUGAGACGAAGGGAUGUGGAUUCGGCCGCAGCCACUGCGCCAUGCAACGAGCUGGUAUACAGCAACCAAGCUGUCCAGUGCUACAGCAGCCAGAUAAUCGGCAGGUGCUCGGUGCGAUUCUUCAAGCAUGGGAAAAAGAUCCCGGCACCGUACAGCCGGGACGGAAUGGGCUCCUUCUUCUUCAUCACCCACCAAGAAGUUGACGAUUCUGGCGACGUGUUCAAGUGCGCACCCAUGGAAGAGUUUCCCAAGAGGCUCCGACAAGGCCUUGAUCCGAAGGACAGCAUCCCGCAGCUUUUCGGCCUAGACCUGUUCUGCGGCGGGGGGAACUUCGGCCGAGGUUUGGAAGAAGGCGGUGCUGUUCAGAUGAAGUGGGCAAACGACCUCGACGCCACAGCCGUCCACACCUACAUGGCCAACUGCAAGGAGAAGACGCUGGUGGAUCCCUUUCUGGGAUCCAUCGACGAGCUCAACGGGCUGGCGAUGGACGGCAAGUUCACCGGCUCGGUGCCCACCAUUGGCACGGUGGACUUUAUCGCCGGCGGAAGCCCCUGCCCCGGCUUCUCACGCCUGACAAACGACAAGACAACGAUCAAGCAGCGCAAGAACCAGUCGCUGGUGGCAGCGUUUGCCUCUUCGGUGGACAUAUACCGCCCCAAGUACGGCAUACUGGAAAACGUGCCGGGAAUCGUCCAGAACCGGGCCUGUCGAGACGAGGACGUCUUCAGCCAGCUCAUGUGCGCGAUAGUUGGCAUGGGAUACCAGGCCCAAUUUCUCGUGCUCGACGCGUCAUCCUUCGGAGCAUCGCAAAGGCGGACGAGAGUGUUCCUCAUCUUCGCGGCGCCCGGCUGCAGGCUACCGAAGAAGCCGCAGCAUACGCACUCGCAUCCCCCCCACACCCAACCGCUGCGUCUCGGCAGGCUACCGACCGGGGAGUCUCUAGCGGAGAGGGAGUUUCCCCGAGCGACGCCGUUCACGUUCGUCACGGCCGCGCAGGCGACCAAGGACCUACCCAAGAUAUACGACGGCCUGCCGGGCGCCUGCAUCCCGUUCCCGGACCACAGAGUAUCAAUCGGCAUAUCAAGAAUCAACAGAUCACGAAUCGCGCUCAUACCCACGCGGCCAUGGGGCACGAACUUUGCGCAGGCGAGGCGCGACGUUCUCACGCCAGCGGAGAUCUCCACCUUCCACGGCGAGUCAGGCUCGCGCGGGGGCGCGCAGGAUGUGUUCCAGAAGAACACCAACGCGUUUGGGCGCCUGUACCCGAGCCGGCUGCUGGAGACGAUUGUGACCAGCAUGAACCUGGUGGACCGCAAAAGCGGCCGCUGGCUGCACUGGGACGAGAAUCGGCCGAUCAGCAUCAUGGAAGCCCGCCGGGCGCAAGGGUUCCUGGACGACGAGGUUCUCCUGGGAUCGUCGGCCAAGCAGUACAAGAUUGUGGGCAACAGCGUGGCCAGGCAGGUGGCGUUUGCGCUGGGAGUCGCGGUCCGCGAGGCGUGGGCGGAAAGCGGCUGGGGUGCGGAGCCCUUUGUCCGGCGAGCCGAGGAGGAGGAUGAUGCUGCGUGCGCACAGGCGCUCCCGCUGAGAGGGCGGGCGGCAUCCAAAUCUUGGUCUGCGCCGCCGAGCAUCUCGGGGUCCGAGGUGGUGAGAGCGAAGGGGCUGAAGAGGCGGCGGCACACGAGUGCUCCGUCGACGGUGGUGGACACGACGACGGAAGGACGAAGCAAGCGGAUGAGGAGGCGGCACACUGCACAGGAGGCAGGUUUGUAG